AUGUCAUCAAAAGUUCACCAAGCAACAGCAAUUGAUGCUCAGACUGAGAGAGCUUUCCAAAAGCAAGAAACUGUCUUCUUAGGUGAUAAGAGAUUAUUAUCAAAGAAGGGAAUUUCAAAGAUUCCAAGAUACAUUAGAGAUCCAGGCUUAGGUUUUUCAGUACCAAAUGAGGCAAAGAAUGGUAUUUACAUCGAUAAAAAAUGUCCAUUUACAGGAAAUGUAAGUAUUAGAGGACGUAUAUUAAAAGGUAUGUGUAUAUCAACGAAAAUGAAGAGAACUAUUGUUGUAAGAAGAAACUAUCUUAAGUAUGUUGCUAAGUACAACAGAUUUGAGAAGAGACACAAGAAUGUAUCAGUUCACUGCUCACCAUGUUUUGAUGUUAAGGAAGGAGACAUUAUUACAAUGGGUCAAUGCCGUCCAUUAUCAAAGACUGUAAGAUUUAAUGUCUUGAAAGUUGAGAAGAACCAAAUUUUUGGUACUGCUCGUAAACAAUUUCGUUUGUUUUAA